AUGUUUGCCCAAGCAGUGGAUCAAGCGACCAGUGUUACGGAGGAAUCAAAGAAAGCAGCUAUAGAGCAGCUUAAUAAGGAAGGGAACGUUUUAUUUGGAUGUAAAAAGCUCUCGGAGGUGGUUCAAUUUGAGUGCGGCAGAUACACUGAAUGCAUAAAAGGAGUUGAAGACAUACUAGAGCUGAUGGAUGUGCAACAACUGGACGACAAAAUUGUCAUUUCAAACCUUCAACGGCAGCUGAAAAGAGCCUAUGAUCAUGUUCCUACAUCUUCUCUGCAAGAGCAACUACAAAGACGAUUGAAAAUCUUUGCAUGUUUUCCACGAGAUCGUGCAUCUAUGUUCACAUCGCCUGAGUGUUUUAGAAUUGGAAACGAUGUCGCCGAACCCCUUUCCGUUGAAGUUCCGAAAGAUUCUCUAAAGAAAGGCGACAUAAUUUCGUUUUUCUUCGCUGGUAUUGGGGAUGCGCGUCAUUUGUAUGCAACAAUCAUCGAUCUCCAUGAAUCUGGGAAUAGAACCACUGCCACCCCUCGAAAAUAUCAUUUCGUUGCAAAUGAUCUCAAUAUAUGCUCUCUGACCCGAAAUCUUAUUAUCUGGACACUUCUUGAUGAGUUGUCUGCAUUAGACCAUGGUUCGGACCAGGGAUUGAUGGUAUUGACAACUAUUUUCUCCAUUUACAGACCCAUUAUCAUGCCAGGCUACGUCUACAAACUUUUGUGUACAACAAUGGAAGCUAUUCUUGCUAAAUUGGACAAGGGAGUUAGUCCUGUCGAGUGGGUGACCCUUCACGGUUACGACAUUCCAAGAUACAUCGAUGUUCUAAAACACUGGGCUAGUAAUGGCUUUGGGAUAUUUACUACCGAAAAGGUUAUCCAAGGCACACGCGACAAACUGAGCCAACAAUCACUACUUCAUGACUCCCGAGACAUUAGCAAAGUUUGCACUGAGGAGAAGGAGUUUUAUGCCAACUAUGCUCUUGUUUAUCCUCCGGAGAAGAUAAUUCUUUCACAGGAACCACGGUUGAAAAAGCUCAUCACGAAAGCAUUGGAUUACAUCGGCGGUCAUUUAUCGACAUUUCUUUACGUGGUCCCCCUCUUAAAGAUUGGUAGGAGCAGUUAUCUCAAAUCAAACUGUCUACGUAACCCGGGAUCCUGGGAUUGCCUGGAGGCAUUUCUAGCAGAUUAUCAGUGUAUCACUGACAAAGAAAUGCUGCGAGAAUUAAGAGGCGUUGUUGCAGCUCUUGAGCCAGGUAAAGAUGAAUUGUUGCCGUUGAUUAAAUACAACUCAUACUCGCGGGAGGCACUCGAUUUCACAGGAUGCCUGGUCCGCAUUGUUACCUCAGGCUGA